AUGUCCAACAACGUUGAGUCACAACAGUAUGCCGACCUCGACGAUCUCGAGCUCGAGGCCGUCGGGUACAAGCGGGAGAUGCCCAGGCAGUUCACCGUCGCCAGUCUCGGCGCCUUGUCCUUCACGUUGACGUGUACCUGGCUCGGAGUGGGCUCGUCUAUCGGCACCGCCAUCACCGACGCCUCGGCCGCCGGCACCAUCUGGUCCCUACCCAUCGCCGGCUUCAUGACCAUCAUCGUCUCUCUGGGCAUGGCCGAGCUGUCGUCUGCGUACCCUGUUGCUGGCGCGCAGUACUACUGGUCGUACAUGGUGGCGAGCGAUACCUACAAGCCCUUUGCGGCUUAUCUGAAUGGAUGGAUGAGCAUUCUGGGCUGGUGGAUGGGUGCCAGUUCAGUCUCCAAUUUCAUAGCGUCCAUGAUCCUGUCCAUUGUGGUGCUCUGGUACCCCGAUUAUGAAUACCAACACUGGCAACAGUGGACCAUCUACCUUGGACUUAUCUGGCUCGCGGUGGCGUUCAACAUCUUCGGAUCGGGACUCAUUCCCAUCUAUAACAAAUUGAUCUUCCUCUUAUCGGUCUUCGUCUUGUUGGCCACGACUCUUUCGCUGUUCAUCUGCAGCCGCAACGACCACGCUUCGGCAACAUGGAUCUUUACCGACACCACAAACAACACGGGAUGGUCCAACGACGGAUUCGCUUUCCUUUUGAGCGUUUCCAACGCCGUCUUUUGCUUCCUGGGCAGCGAUGCAGGCGCUCAUCUGUGCGAGGAGAUCCAUAAUCCCGGGCGAAACGUGCCGAGAGUGAUCAUCUUCCCCCUGGUUAUGGGACUGAUCACUGCGUUUCCUUUUGCUUGCGCGUGCAUGUUUGCCAUCACCGACGUAAAGUCCGUCUUGAGCACCGUGACUGGCCUCCCCCUGAUCGAGAUCUACCGGCAAGGGACCAACUCUGACGUCGCUGCUUCGGUUCUGGUCGCGCUCUUUGCUUUCUGCUUCUUCGGCUGCCUGGUCGGCAAUGCCACGGCAUCGUCUCGGACGCUCUGGGCUGUCUCUCGCGAUGGUGCCUUGCCUUUCUCCCAUAUUUGGAUGAGGAUUAACAGGAAGUUCAAGAUGCCAAUGAACGCCAUGCUCCUAUCGGCUUCAUUUGUCACGCUUUAUGGCCUGAUUUUCAUUGGUUCGACCACGGCCUUCACCGCCAUGGUCAACACCAACAUUAUCUUCUUGCAGACAUCCUGUGUCAUCCCCCAGGCGAUUCUUUUAUGGCGGGGCCGAGAUAACGUGCUUCCGGAGAGAUUUUUCUCGCUCAAGUCUUUUGGGGUCGCGAUCAAUGCGACAGCUGUCGCAUGGGUCGCCUUCCUGGACGUUGUCUUUUGUCUACCGACAGCUAUGCCUGUAACCCCACAGAACAUGAAUUACGUCUCUGUGGUCUGCUGUGGUCUUGUGGCGUUCAUCAUUGGCCUCUGGUUCACCUCCAAGAGAGGCAAGUUCACCGGGCCCCAUGUCGAUAUGGAAAAGUUGCAUCAGAGGCGGCUGGCGGCAAUGCAUAUCACCGAGGCUCAGGAUGACCACCAUGCGAUGUCGGUCACACAGAUCGAGACACCCAAUGUCAAGGCAAUGUGA